AUGAAUAUGUUGGAUGAUGAAGAUGACCAAAGCUUUCACGCUACGCGUGACGGCUACUCCCAUUUGAGCGAUGUCGAAUGGGAUGCGGUUGAACGAAUGGGUUCGACCAUGGGCAUCCAUGCUGUUAGCGUCAUGCUAGAGGCUCUCAAUAGAGAUGCCCAACAUGCUACUAUCGCCAAGUUCAUUCAAAAUGAACUUGACGCAGAACGCGAGAAAGUAGCCUUGCUUCACCAACAAGGUUCUCAACAAGCAGAGUUGUUGAGAGAACAAGGUGCUCAACAGUUUGAACUGUUGAGACAGCAGCAGGCUGCUGCUGGCGGGUCGAUGCACUCGCGUCGGCCCGAGACUUUGAAGAUUGACAUCUCAAAGGCGCGUCGCAUCGACGACGGGGAUAUGCAAGUUGCAUUUGCCCAGUCAAAUCUGGCAGGACGUGCCAAGACUUGGGCACUGGGGCUCAAGUUGCACGACCCAUAUGCGUUUGGGUCGUUGGAAGUCUUCAAGUCGCGGUCAAUACAAACGUUUGAACCGCCUAGAGCUGAGUUCAGAGCUCGAACCGAACUCUUGAAGCUCAAGCAGGGUAAGCGUGAUGUGCACGCUUACGCUUAA